AGGAAAAGCGUCAGUGGUUACAGUCUAACACCUCGGAGUAGUCCUGUGACCUGAUUUGAGGCAUUAAUAAUAUAUUAAUUGUACUGGAUAGUCAGUUUGGAUUAUACUAGUUGUUUGACAAAGUUUCCCGUUCUAAUGAAAUAAAACACAGCUAAAGCUAGGGUCGACUGAGGAGGAUGUGGUUUAUAUGCUAUUCAUUGCAACGAGCUAGCUAGCCGACUAGCAAUAGUUGAAAGAUAUAAACGUUGAUUACGAGUCAAGCGAAGCAGUAGAGACUGAAACAGCACGGAAUGUAGUGUGGAAGUGAGCUGACAGCAGUCAGAGACAAGUGAGACAAGGCGAGGCGGUCGGGCAAGAGGUCAGCGUCGGGCGGUCACCAACUCAUCAUGAGGGUGCGCUUGUCGCGCAAGCUGGGCCUGCUGGCCAAGGCGGGCAUGGUGCUGUGGCUCGUGUGGGUCACCUACCUGCUCGUCUCCCGCGCCGCCUUGAUCCCCUCCCCCUCCGCGGACUCCGCCGGCUCCAAAGACGAGGCGGGCCCGGCGGCGGCGGGCGGCCGGGUGGAGCGGGCGGCCGAGGCGGAGGACGCCGAGGCCCUGCGGCAGCCCGUGUACCGGAAGCCGGCGGCGGACAGCAACGCGCCGGGCGAGUGGGGCAAGGCCACGCGGCUCACGCUGACGGACGACGAGAAGAAGCUCCAGGACGAGACCAUCGAGCGCUACGCCAUCAACAUCUUCGCGUCGGACCGCAUCUCGCUACACCGCCACAUCCAGGACAACCGGAUGCACGAGUGUCGGUCGAAGGUGUUUGACGUGCGGCAUCUGCCCACCACAUCGGUGGUCAUCGCCUUCUACAACGAGGCCUGGUCCACACUGCUGAGGACCAUCCACAGCGUCCUGGAGACCACGCCCGCCGUCCUUCUGCGUGAGAUUAUCCUCAUCGACGACUUCAGCGACCGCAGCUAUCUGAAGACCCAGCUGGCGGAUUACAUCAGCAACCUGGAGCGCGUGCGCCUCAUCCGCACCAACAAGCGCGAGGGCCUGGUGCGGGCGCGACUCAUCGGCGCCACCUACGCCACGGGCGACGUGCUCACCUUCCUGGACUGCCAUUGCGAGUGUGUGCCCGGCUGGAUCGAGCCACUGCUGGAGAGGAUUGGCGAAAACGAGAGCACCAUCGUGUGCCCGGUGAUCGACACCAUCGACUGGAACACCUUUGAGUUCUACAUGCAGACGGACGAGCCCAUGAUCGGGGGAUUCGACUGGCGUCUGACCUUCCAGUGGCACGCCGUGCCCCUGCCAGAGCGGAGGAGGCGCAAGUCUCGCAUCGACCCCAUCAGGUCUCCUACCAUGGCUGGAGGUCUGUUUGCGGUCAGCAAGGCCUACUUUGAGUUCUUGGGCACUUAUGACAUGGGCAUGGAGGUGUGGGGAGGAGAGAACCUGGAACUGUCUUUCAGAGUGUGGCAGUGUGGAGGCUCCCUGGAAAUCCACCCCUGCUCCCACGUGGGCCAUGUCUUCCCCAAGAAGGCCCCCUAUGCCCGGCCCAACUUCCUGCAGAACACUGUCCGAGCCGCGGAAGUCUGGAUGGACUCUUACAAGCAUCACUUCUACAAGCGAAACCCGCCGGCCCGCAAGGAGUCGUACGGGGACAUUUCGGAGAGGGUGGUUCUGAGGCAGCGACUCAAGUGCCAGAGCUUCGACUGGUAUCUGAAGAAUGUUUACCCAGAGCUCCAUGUGCCUGAAGACAGGGAAGGCUGGCACGGAGCGGUCCGCAGUGCAGGGAUCCACUCGGAGUGCCUGGACUACAAUGCCCCGGAGCACAGCCCUACAGGUGCACACCUGGCCAUGUUUGGUUGCCACGGCCAGGGCGGCAACCAGUACUUUGAGUACACGUCCAAGAAGGAGAUCCGCUUCAACUCGGUGACGGAGCUGUGUGCCGAGGUGCCGGCGGGGCAGAACUACAUCGGCAUGAGGCACUGCCCACAGGACGGAGCUGCUGUGCCUCCCAGCAUCGUCUGGGAGUUCAGAGAUGACGGGAGCAUCUACCAUCCUCACUCGGGCAUGUGCGUCACCUCUUACCGCACACCGGAGGGACGCGCAAGCAUCCAGAUGAGCAAGUGCGCGCCUGGAGACAAGCACCAGCGAUGGACGUUUGAAUAAGGGAUUAGGGAGAGUGUGUGUGUGUGUCUGUGUGUGUGUGUGUGUGUGUGUCUGUGUGUGUGUGUGUGUGUGUGUGUGUGUGUGUGUGUGUGUGUGUGUACUGUGUGUGUGUGUGUGUGUGUGUGUGUGUGUGUGUGUGUGUGUGUGUGUGUGUGUGUGUGUGUGUGUGUGUGUGUGUGUGUGUGUGUGUUGGAGGGAUGUACUGUAGCUCCGUGAGACCUAAGUGCAAUUACCAUAAUGGACUUUGAGAUACAAGGCUUGGGAGCAAGCAGGAAGUGCCCCUGCUGUGCCUUCUGGAAUGCUGCAGAUCAGACUGAUCUGUGCCCAUAUGCCUUUUGGGCAUUAAAGGGGACCCCAGAAGUAAAGUGCCAAUAUCUUUAUGUUUUAGUGUUUAUCGUUGUCAGUCCUUUAUCGUUGUCUUCUUUCAAAAGGGACGUCCAAGAGAUGUGUAGCAGACCAUUUCUGGCUGCUGUAGGCCAGGGUUGAAGGACUGCAAGAGCAAUACAAGGCUGUGUAAUUUCAUUUAAAUUUUGAAUUUUAAUUUAAUCGUAACUAGGAUCGUGUAGGCUCAUUCUGACCACGAACGAAGUACUGCAAGAGCAAUACAAGGCAGUCUGAUUACAAUAAGCCCAGUCCUGCCGGAGGGCUUGAUUCGUACCAACACCAUUACACUACGCAGCUUGGCGAAUAUCAUAGCGGCCUUCCACCUUACCUUUAGUUCAAAUUCACAUCACAAAAGAACGGUGUUGGCAAUGGGAGAGGAGUGGGAGAUUUGUUUUGUUUUGUUUUGUUGUUCAUUCUCUGAUCCUUUUUUUUCUCUUGUUUUGAUAUUGUUUACACACCAUUGCCUCUCCACCGUGGGUCUUAUGUGUUGUCGUUCAUGUCGUCUGUGUGUGUCAGCGGUUGCAUUGAAGAGAUUGGUUUGUCUGAGAUAAACCCCGACGCCAGGGAGGUGUGUUAAUACCGUGUCAGUUCCUUCAGCUAGUGUGGGGUUUUACCCUCCGUCCCGUGCUGGAGGGAUUCCCAACCAAUGAGGAGCCAAUUAAAAUAAUCUCCCAUCUGUGAUGCCUUUUUCUAUUUCGGGGAUUCGAGGUGCGUGUGUGUGUGUGUGUGUAUGUGUGUGUGUGAUCGGUGGGGAGUGGGGUGAUGAGAGCUGGUGUCUUUUUUGAGAUUAGAUUUAAACUUGACUGCUCAGAUUGCUCAUAGGAGAGACGAGAGAGAGGGAGAGACUGAGGGAGGAUGUGUUUUUUCUCACACUCCAGAUGGGACCAUGGGAACUCACUGUGCCUCUGUGUUUUCUACUGUGCCUGAGUAGACUGAUCAUGUGCUGGCCUAAAUAUAGAGAACUACCGUAGGUGUCUUCUAUUUGACCUCAUGGAUACUGUGUACAUUAUCUUAUAUUGUUGGCCAUUCCAGUUUUCACAAUGCUGAUGCCAUGCUUGUCCAAUUUAGAGUGUUAGAGGAGGCUUUCUUUCAUGUCAGAGAUGCUUUAAUUCCUAUGCGUUCUAAUUGUUUGACUGUUCUAUCUGUUUCGAUCUGCCGAUAUGGAUUAAGUGUGGUUUACAAGAGUUGUGUCAUUUGGCAUUACUGGUCUGUUUUUCCUGGUGCAUACAUGUGCAACCUGUUCCAUAGACCUUAUAUGUUAUGUAUUGCAUAGCACUUAGGGACAGCAUGUUGUGAGUGUUGACCAAAGUGUAACUUCAGCUUUUUAAUUGUCCUUAAUACAUGCUGAGUCAAAGCUUUUCGUGUUAUGUGUUAAUUGUCCCAAUGGCUUAUGUUUUAAUCACUGAUUAUUGCAUGUAUAAGCUUUUUGUUUUUUUUAACACAAUGCCAUGUAUAGUGUCACUGUUUGCACUCAUUCAGUAGCCAGCUGUAACUCUGAAGAUGCUUCUGAAUGGACUCAUCACGCAUCAUCUUCUGUGCUUUUUUGCACUAUGGCGUGACUCAGAAGUGACACGUCCUUAUCGGGAAAGUGACCUUGUUUUGUUUUUUUACCCCCCACCCCAAUUCUCUCAGCCCAGCGCAUUCAUAUCUGUGUCUUUAAAAAAUGAUUCUCAAUUUGUAAAGGGACCUAAGUGGGACUGUGCAAAAAAUCUAUAUAUUUUUUAAAAUAAUAUGUGAUUGAGGCCAAAUGAUGAUUAAAGUUGAUUCU